AUGAGAGUGUCUAGGGUAGGACCCUAUCUCCCUAUCGAAAUUAUUCUACUUUCCGCCGAAUAUCUUAUGCCUGUUGACCUGCUGUCUCUUUUAUAUGCGGCUCCUGGGCUCGCACGGGUCCUAACUUUUAAGCAUACCACGCUUCAGGACGAAGGAGGGAGGUCGAUUCUACAUCUACUCGCGAGGGAGGGGGAGGGCGAAAUGAUGAAGCUGCUGCUCGUAAACGCCGGUAUCAGGCCAGACUUGAAGGAUAAUUAUGGUCGGACGCCGUUAUCCCAUGCGGCUGGAGGUGGACACGAAGCGGUGGUCAGACUAUUGCUGGACCGACAAGAUGUCGAGGCGGACUCGAAGGAUAACGAUGGGUUGACUCCGACAUCCUGUGCGGCUGGAGGUGGACAUGAAGCGGUGGUCAGGCUACUGCUGGACCGACAAGAUGUUGAGGCGGACUCGAAGGAUAACUUGGGUCGGACACCGUUGUUAUAUGCGGCCUGGCGCGGACAUGAAGGGGUGGUCAGGCUACUGCUGGACCGACAAGAUGUUGAGUCGGACUCGAAGGCUACCUGGGGUCAGACACCGUUGUCCUUUGCGGCUGGAGGUGGACAUGAAGCGGUGGUCAGGCUACUGCUGGACCGACAAGAUGUCGAGGCGGACUCGAAGGAUAACUUGGGUCGGACACCGUUGUUAUAUGCGGCCUGGCGCGGGCAUGAAGCGGUGGUCAGGCUACUGCUGGACCGACAAGAUGUCGAAGCAGGUUUGAAGGCUAACUGGGGUCGGACACCGCUAUCGUGUGCGGCUGAAGGUGGGCAUGAAGCGGUGGUCAAGCUCCUGCUGGACCGAUAA